GACACUAUUGUUGAUGAGGAGCGGCAGCGGCGGCGACUGCUGCACCACCUCGUUGCUGCCCCAGCGCCCCCAGCACCCCGAAUUCCGGCUUCGUCACCCCGUCGUGGGGGCCUUCCCUCCGGCCUCGUCCUCGAGAAUUCUCCCCCUGCAAUACCACCACAACAAAACUCCCGUCUCGCCCAGUCACCAGGGAGGGGGGACUAUGUCCCAGCGGAUGAGGCGCAAUGGGUCCCCCACGCCAACCGGUUCCCUCGGGAGCGGCGCGAGCGCCACCGCCGGGGGAGCCGGGAGCCGCCUGCAGCCCAUGAGGGCGACGGUUCCGUUCCAGUUGAAGCAGCAGCAGCAACAUGGCAGCCCCACGCGGAGCAACGGCGGCGGCGGCGGCAACAACAACGGCGGCUGCUGUGGUGGCGCCUCAGGCCCUUCAAGCGGCGGUGGGGGCCCGCGCACAGCCUCGCGCAGCACAAGCCCCACGCGCGGCGGCGGGAGCGCAGCGGCGCGCACCAGCCCCACGGUGGCCACGCAGACGGGCGCGUCCGCGACGUCCACACGGGGUACCAGCCCCACGCGCAGCGCCGCAACCGGGGCUCGCGGGAGUCCCCCCCGGCCGCACCCGCCGCCGCUGCUGGGCACCGUGUCGUCGCCUUCCUCGUCGCCCACCCACCUGUGGACCGGCGAGGUGAGCGUGGCCCCACCCCCAGCCCGUGUCCGCCACCGGAGGAGGUCCCCGGAACAGAGCCGAAGCUCUCCCGAGAGUAGGAGCCCUAGCGCUCCGGUUUGCAAAGCAGGUGACAAAACACGACCACCUUCCUCAAGUCCGUCCAGUAUUAUCCGCCGCACUUCCUCCCUGGAUACACUUGCUGCUCCAUACCUUGCAGGACAUUGGCCUCGUGAUAAUCAUGGGCAAGCUGCACCUAGCAUGAGGGACAAAGCUACACAGACAGAGAGUGCAUGGGCCGAAGAAUACUCUGAGAAAAAGAAAGGGUCUCACAAACGUUCAGCAUCCUGGGGCAGUACAGAUCAACUUAAAGAGAUUGCAAAAUUACGUCAGCAGUUGCAGAGAAGUAAACACAGCAGUCGCCAUCAUCGAGAUAAAGAAAGACAGUCUCCGUUCCACGGCAACCAUGCAGCUAUUAACCAGUGUCAGACUCCUGUUCCAAAGAGUGCCCUUAUUCCAGUAAUUCCUAUUACCAAGUCAACAGGCUCCCGAUUCCGGAAUAGUGUGGAAGGAUUGAAUCAGGAAAUUGAAAUAAUAAUUAAAGAGACUGGGGAAAAAGAAGAGCAACUUAUACCACAGGAUAUUCCAGAUGGCCACCGUGCACCUCCCCCCCUUGUACAGAGAAGUAGCAGCACACGCAGCAUUGACACACAGACACCUGCUGGGGCAGACAGGGGAAGCAACAACAGCAGCCGCUCCCAGUCUGUCUCUCCCACGUCGUUCCUCACCAUCUCCAAUGAAGGCAGUGAGGAGAGCCCUUGUUCAGCUGAUGACCUGCUUGUUGAUCCCAGGGAUAAAGAGAAUGGGAACAACUCUCCUUUGCCCAAAUAUGCAACCUCACCAAAACCUAACAACAGUUAUAUGUUCAAAAGGGAACCUCCUGAGGGCUGUGAAAGAGUCAAAGUCUUUGAGGAAUGCUCGCCAAAACAACUUCAUGAAAUCCCAGCCUUUUACUGUCCUGACAAGAACAAGGUGAAUUUUAUUCCUAAAAGCGGCUCUGCUUUCUGCCUUGUCAGCAUUCUCAAGCCACUCCUUCCCACACCAGAUCUUACCCUCAAGAGCUCUGGCCACAGCCUGACAGUCACUACAGGCAUGACAACCACUCUGCUGCAACCAAUUGCUGUAGCCUCCCUGUCUACAAACACAGAGCAAGAACGAAUCUCUCGAGGAACAAGUACAGUCAUACCAUCGGCCUCUCUGCUCCCACCACCAGAAGCAAUUGAGGAAGCGGAAGGAUAGGUCUCAGUGCUGCACAUCUGUUAUUCUGGGAAACUGAUAUCUUCCUCAGAUCACUUGACUUGGAUGGCAUCAUGUGCUUGUGAUUGGCUGUGAUGUGGUCCAGCUUCCUGCCGUGACAUGUGGCAGUGAAGCUUCUGGAAGAAAGCAGCCCCUCUGAUGGCUCUGCCCCAUUAUGAAGGCCAACCCUCAGUUCUUAACCUACUUUUUAAAAAGCAUUAAUUGAAAUAAGAAAAGUCAUCUUCUUUACUUUUGGAGAGCCAACAGCACAUUGCUUUUUGUUUUUUUUAAAAAAAAAAAAAAAAGAUCCCUGCAAACACGAUUCCUGAGGGAGACGCGAAUGAUGCUGCAAGAACCAUCUUUUAUAUGGAAAUGACUAUUUUAUAAUACCAAUGUUACAUUUUCUGAAACGUAGCAAACAGGAUGUUCAAAAGAUUCUUUGGUGGCCUCUGUUUCUUGUUUCCCUUUCUAGAUGUGUGCUUUUCUCAGCUGUUUUCGGCUUUGGGACCAAAGGGAUUGUUGACAUUUUUCCAGCAGUCUUAAUCUCAUGACUGUGUUCUUCUCCCAAACAAGAAUUGAUGGGUAAAUGCAUUGAACCAAGUAUAUAUAAAAAGAGAUAAAAAGCAAUAUCAGUAUAUUAUGUGAUUUAUGUUUUUUUGAUGUCAGAAGUUUGUGCUUUGGGUGACAUAUUUGUAAAACUGCUGUUUUCUUCACUAUUCCUGUACACAUUUCACCAUGUGGUCAGAAAAGUUACAGUCUGGAGACAAGUGCUUUAAUAUGGUUUCACUCAUCAUUGGAACUUGGUUUAAAGGUCCGUGAGCCAAAAAGAAACUACCCAGUGUUGAUUGCUAGCUAGGAAUAAUGAUCCCCUUUGGUUUUCUGCAAAAUAUACAUUACAUGAUCUCCUCCUUUACCACAGGUGACAUUCUGUUUAAUGAUCACUGUAUCAUAGCCCCCGAAAGAUCCUAAAAUGGCUGUGCAUGGAUUCCCUCCUUUGCUUUUGUGAUGUUGUCUUGUGAAUUUGGUCAGGUUUAGUAGUUGGCCAUGGCUGUAAUCCGUUGAAUGGUAACCCACAGCCACAGAGUCUUGCGACUGACAUCAUCUUUAUGCCGGUUGGCACUGAGAUUUGUUGCUUGCAGAUUUUGCUAGUUUUCCCUCCAACAUUCCACAAAAUGGGGAAAACAGACAAGGAGAGCUUCAGAGCAUACACAACAAGCGUCUUUGAAAUAUCCUUAUAAUUUUGGAUUUGGGCUCAUCCUAAUACAAAUCACUGCCCAAUAUUACAUGACAGUAGGUAUUUUAGUUCUGGGUAUGUGGUAGUGAUGUUAAGGAGCAGAACAGUGUUGAUAAAAGGCAUCCUUCUAACAUCUUUAUAUGCUACCCUAUGAUGCAAUAAUUUAAUGUUCCUAUACAUAUUAUAGGCAGAAUAAAAUUUUAAGUACUUGUAAAAGAGGUACUGUUUUCACGAUCAAUAUGUCGGUUUGUACAGACAUAUCCCUCAAGGAAAACUGGUGGUAGCAAUAAAUCUUCUACAUGGACUACUUAUACUACGCACCUUUAAAACAUCUAAGUGAUUAAAAAUAUACAUUGUGAGUUGAAAAUGAAGAUAUUAUUAGGUAAAUCAGAUAAAUUCAAACAUUUGAAUAAAUCUGUCAGAUUUCUUAGUUUGUAGGACUAUUGGACUUUGGUACUUUCCUUUGCAAAACCAGUUUACUUGGGACUAGUGCAUUAUGCCUUCUAAAGCAGUAACAGCUCAGUUAUUGAGAAUCUAAAUUUUCUGUUUGAUUGUUUUUUUUCAGAACCUCAUUCUCUCUGCUUUCUCUCUUAUGCCUUUUGACUUUACCAUUCCACCAUUGAGUAUCCACUCUAUCAGAAGUGCAGAAGAAGCAGUGCAACUGCAGUCUGUUGAGUCAGUAUGAAUGGUGGAGAAGGAAGUUUAAAAAAAAAAAAAAAGGUUUUAAAAAAACCUGUUUUUGGAUUACCUGAAUUCUAUUAAAUCUAUGCUCUUCUCCUUGCUUUAGUCUUACUUUCCUCUUCUCUCUUCAUCCCUACCAGUUAACGGGAUGUUUUACAAUAUGCUACUUUGCAAACGUUUUCCCCCUGUUGUGCAUGUUUGUCUAAUUCACACCCUUAUGUAGAGUUCCAUAUAUCCUUAAUCUAAAGUAAUUUAAAAUUUGAAGGGAAGAACAAGUGUAAGAUUUAUUAUCUACAGAGUCUUGUAAGCAGAACUUCUCAUCUAAUGUUAGGUAAGGAGAAUGUGAAUUUGCAGGUAAAUGAAUUAUAUGGCAACUAAACAAAUCCCUUGGGUUUGGGAGAAAGAGCCUGAGAUUUGACAGGAAAGGUAUAAAGUACAAACAACCCAAAUGCCACUGCCAAAGGGCUAAUUUUUAAGCAUGUAUGCUUUAUUGCUGUCUUGAAAAAUUAUUAACUAUAUGUCCAUUCAGCUAUUUUAUUUAACCCUUAGUUCAUGGUCUAGUUGUAAAAGGAUCUGUUCACAGUAGAAAGCAUAAUACUGUUUUCUACACUUCCAUUCCAUAAUUAUCGUGAUAUCUUGUAGAAAAACUGUACAAAACAUAAAUAAAUUAGAAUAGCCUCAGUGGAAAAAUAACUUAAAAUUUCUAAAUUUUACUUCCAUUGCAAUGAAAGAAAGAUGUAGGAGGCAUGUAACUUUUCACAAAAGGGUCUAUUCUAUGGUUAUUCAUGUUGUCAAUCUUAGUUAUUUUUAAACUUAAGCAAAUUUUCCUUGUGGUAAAACUUAUAGAAAUUUACUGUUUCUAAUCAUGACUCAGACUAUUUCUACUGUCAUGGCUCUUUUAUGAACAAUUAUGUUUUUAAAAAUACCUGUUUUAUUUCUUAGUUGUUAUGCAUGGAAACCAAAAUUAUUUUUGAACUAGUCUUCAUUUUGUUUUAAAAUUUUCUUGUAUUUAUGACCACAAGCCAAAUCAGCCUUUUAGAAGGUGCUAUUGCUAACUGUGGGCAACAUGAAAGACAUUUUCUUCUUUUUUUUUUUGUAGUUGGCUUUUACUGGAAGAAGUUAUUAAAAAAUGACACAAUGCAUAAAUUUCUGUAUGUUAAACAUUAGGAUUGCAUUGUCAAGACUUUCUUUUGUUCAAGGAAAUUUUAAAAAUUGCCACUACUGAAUUUACUGUUCUAAAUUAAAAAUUUUUUUCUCAAUACUUGGAAUUUUGAUGUCUAAAAACCAGACCAGUGGAAGUGCUGAAUUUAUAAAGCUGAGAAUACUUAACUUUGCACUUUAAGGUUUAUGUUUUACUCUGUGUAAAUUAAAGAUCAGCAGAGCAUCCCUGAACAAUAUUUUGUUUAUACAAUCCUGUUAAAGAAUAUAAUUUGUUUUUUUAAACUCUGCAUCUUUCAUCUGUUGAAGCUGUGUAAAUCUUUUUAAAAAGCAGUUUUUUAAAAAUGUUUUUCUAAAAAAUUCUCUGCCAAAUCAGCAUUUCCAAUGGUGAUAAAUAUUGUUACUAUGUACUUAUGUAUUCCUUGUACCUGAUCACUUAUUGCUGCCUCACAAGAAAAUAGAACUUUUAUCUUCAAUAGUGUCUGUUCUUCUUGAGUUUUCUCUGUGUACUUCUAUGAAUAUUGCCUUCAAAAUUCAAAUACACCUUCUUUCCAGACGUUUGUAGCCUAAAUAACUUAUAAAUACGGGUUCUCUUUCACAAAUUGAUAUAAAAAUGGGUUUGUGUUAAGUAGCAGAAUAAAUAAUACUGUCAGUUGUUA